UAAAAGUGCAGGCCCUGAAAAAGUGCCGUUAUUGUAAAUAAUUUUCGGUUUGAAACAAUGAAUGUAAUUGGGCGAAUGAAUGCACUUGAUUGUGUUGGCGAGGAUGACGUUAUGUCAUUACGCAUUAUAUGCACGCUGGCACGUAAUCAUAAAUACAACAUAGAAGAGCUGGACAAAUACGGUAAUACGGCGCUACUCAAAGCCUGCUAUCUUGGCAAGUUUGAGUGUGCACGGGUGUUGCUAGACAUUGGAGCUAAUAUUUACGCCAUCAAUUAUUUUGGGCAGAACGCCUUAACACUGGCUACCUAUGCUGGUCAUUUGCAGUUAGUGGUCGAAUUGCUGCGCCGCCGUCCAUACCAGGACUUUAAUCUUUCUUCGCUCACACCUGCCGCUUGUGUGGCUGCAAUGCGUCAGCAUAAGGCUCUAGAGGACUAUUUUAUGCGCUUAGACCCAAUGGGAACACCAGCGUUGCAGACCGUGCAUGGCCUUGGAAUAAAUAGCUUGCGGCAUAUGGUAAAAUCAAAACUAAAGACGAAACAAUCGAAGCCAAUAUUUAUUAAUAUAAUUAAAUAAAUUGAUGUCAAAAUACCUAUUUGUAAACCAUUUUU